AUGAGAACCCGGGUACGCGAGGCGGCAAGGGCAGCAAAGGAAUUGCACAAGCAACCUGCACCACGCGGUGGCAUCAAAACGCGUUCGUGUGCACAAAAGCCCGAAAAAGGGCCUGCUCUUCCAUUUCCCAUUCACUGGGGCGAGCAUCUUCUCCAACGUCGCGCCGACUUCCUGCUCCCCGAAUACUUUCUUGAAGAGGAGGAGGCAGUGCGUGCACGACUGGACGCGAAGGCCAAGCCGGAGCCUUACAGAGAGAUUCCACGGAAUCAAUAUACCUCACGGCGCAAGCUGCAAGCAAAUGCGGCCGUGUGCCAGUGCAAGCCCGAUUCGCGAUGCAGGGAUGAGUGCAUGAAUCGGCUGAUGCAGUACAUCUGCGAUCCCAAGACCUGCCCAUGCGGUGAAAAUUGCACGAAUCAGCGCCUUGGAGUACGAGUACCACCAAAGUGUGAAGUCGUCAAAUGCGGUAAACGGGGGUUUGGCCUCAAAACGAAAGAGCCGCUCAAGAAGGGUCAAUUAGUCGACGAAUACCGCGGAGAGAUUAUCGACUUGCCAGAGGCAACGCGACGAACCGUGAAUAUCUACAAAGAGAAAGGGAACUUUUACCUAUUGGAUUACGACGCAGCCGCGGGCGAGGUGCUAGACAGUGGAAUGAAGGGCAAUCGAACCAGAUUUGCCAACCACAGUUGUGAUCCAAACUGUCACAUGCAGAAGUGGAUCAUAUGCGGGACUGGCGAGCAGCUCAAAGCCGAAUUCGAGAUUGGUCUCUUUGCUAGUCGUGACAUCGAGGCGGGGGAAGAACUCACGUAUGACUAUGGUAACAUGGAUGGUGAAGUGACCGACAAGGGUACCCCGAUCACUUGUCAUUGCGGGUCAGAGAACUGCUCAGGAGUGCUCGGCGGAAAAAAG